AUGGGCUCCGAUACGUUUCAUUCCCACGUCUCCGUCUUCGUCUCAUUUAUUCCACCGCUUCCAGAUUCUUCUUCUCAAUUACGCCCGAAAAAGCUUUCACCACCACCACCGCUCACUCUAUCUUUCCUCUCUAUUCCACCUAUCGGCUGCUUCUUCUACAUGAUACCGGUGCAGUUCUUGAGGAUCGAUGGUACUACCAAAGCCAGUGACAGAUUAAAGAUUGUUGAUGAUUUUCAACAGGGUAUUGGAGCUCCAAUAUUUCUUUUAACUUCUCAAGUUGGUGGUUUGGGACUCACCUUAACAAAAGCAGAUCGGGUCAUAGUAGUUGAUCCAGUUUGGAAUCCAAGUACUGAUCGUGCAUAUCGAAUUGGACAAAAGAAAGAUAAAAUUGUAUACCGUUUGAUGACUUGUGGUACAGUUGAGGAAAAGAUAUAUAGAAAACAGAUGUACAAAGGGGGUUUAUUCAGAAGUGCUACUGAACACAAAGAGCAAAUUCGGAUUUUAGGGAGCUUUUCAGUAUCCCAAAACAGGGUUUUGAUGUUUCUUUAACUCAACAACAGUUGCAUGAAGAGCAUGAUUGUGAACACAAAAUGGAUGCAUCUCUUAAAGAUCACACAAAGUUUUUUGAGUCUCUUGGUAUAGCUGGAAUUAGUAACCACAGUUUGCUUUUCUCAAAAACUGCUCCAUUCCCUGUUGUGCAAGAUGAAGAACUAACAAGGCAAUCAACUUAUGUGGGAAACUCAUCUUCUUACAACUCACGUGAACCAAACAUGGAUGCGUUAAAAAGAACACAGAAGACCUAACACAUCAACAUGUAGAUACUCGGUCAAAGGCCAGUUUGAUAGUGUUGCAGCUGAGUCUAGAUAGGGAAUAAGAAGUGGCCAUGUACCUGGGAGCAACUGCAUUCCUUUUGCUCAGGUUUGGAUCAUAUAAUUAGGAAACCGGUAAAAUAUCUUCAACACCAAGGAGUGAGUGAAAAAGUCAUACCAUGCUAAAUAGAAAACUAUGCUGUGUAAAUGAGCAAAGUCAAUGCAUAGUAACAAAGUAGGUUUCCAAAGUCAAUUUGUAACAUAAUAUUGUUAUGCAGUAAACAGUAAUGUACUUUCACCUUUCAUUUUUUCCGUUUUUUGUAUUUACUUUUUAUUUUUUUUUCCAAAUAACUAACUUCAUUACCAUUAGGCUCAUCACCCAUUCUUACGAGUUACAUACACUAAAUAACAACG